GUCCUCUCAUCAAGGGGCAGAAGGUUCGCGGCAGCAUUCUUAUUCCCAUCUGACGCUGAUUAUUUCCAAGAAUGACAAUUUUUCCAUCAAUGUCGUGAACCAAUUGUGGGACGAAAGCAUGCCUAGAUCGACGAGCGUACAUUGGCACGGCAUCCGACAAAAGAAGACAAACUGGGCAGAUGGCACCUCGUUCAUCACUCAGUGUCCGAUCCCUCCAAAUGGCUCUUUCCUCCACCAAUUUAGCACAUUCAACCAGACUGGAACUUAUUGGUAUCACUCGCAUUUUUCCACCCAGUACUGCGAUGGUCUUAGAGGACCAUUUGUCAUAUAUGACCCUGAGGAUCCACACAGAGACUUGUAUGACGUAGAUGAUGAGAGUACAGUAAUCACGCUUUCCGACUGGUACCACGAUCCUUCGACUCAGUUAAAUAAGAUUUCCGGCGCCGUCAGCAAUAACUCCACCCUCAUCAAUGGUUUAGGACGCUACCCUGGCGGGCCCAUGUCACCUCUUUCCGUCAUUAAUGUCGAGCAGGGCAUGCGUUACCGGUUCCGCGUAAUCGGUCUUUCUUGUGACCCCUCGUUUAACUUCACUAUCGAUGGUCAUACUAUGACGAUUAUCGAAGCUGAUGGCGUCGAAACUGUGCUCGCUGGCCAGCGCUACUCUGUCGUCGUCCACGCGAAUCAGCCUGUGGAUAAUUACUGGGUUCGCGCAUUAUCCAACCUUCCAAAUCAAACGUUUGCAGGCGGCUUGAAUCAAGCCAUCUUCAGGUACAACGGUGCGCCCUAUGAAGAUCCUACGAGCUCCCCUGGACCUGUUACCAUGCUAUUCGAUGAAGCAAAACUUGCGUCUUUGAAUAGCAUUCCGGUCCCCGGUGUCCCUGAGAUCGGCAAAGCAGACGUCAGCAUCAACCUCGUUGCCGGUAGCGUCAAUGGCCUCUUCACGAUGAACAAUGUUUCGUACCAUAACCCUCCAACACCAAUUCUGUUGCAAAUGCUCAGUGGAGCUCAACACCCCUCGGAUUUGCUACCGAAGGGAAGCGUAUACGAGCUUCCCCCGAACAAGGUAAUUGAGAUCACCAUACCCGAGACAGGCGCAGCUCCCGGCGGAGCACAUCCUAUGCACCUUCACGGACACAAUUUUGCCGUCGUUAGAGUUGCGGGCAACAGUACGCCAAACUUCGUCAACCCAAUCUGGAGAGACACCGUAAGUAUGGGAACGCAAGGGGAUAACGUGACUAUUCGUUUUGUCACGGACAAUGCUGGACCAUGGUUCUUCCAUUGCCACAUUGACUUCCAUUUGAAAAGCGGCUUUGCGGUGGUCAUGGCGGAAGCUCGGAAUCAACUUGCUGAGGUCAACGCGACCAUUCCAGCGGCUUGGGCCUCGCUGUGUCCUCCUUCAAACGAGCCAUACGCUCAAGCAAACUUGGGUACCUUCAAUACGAGCACACUCACAUGAUACUGCGCUAUCAUCGGGCGUUCACUCUUCAAGUGCAACUGCUUCUGCACAAUAUACCCUCUUUUAAUCGGCCCAUCUGGUCUUUCGAAAGUUCUGUUACAUCUACGCAAUGCUCCUUCAUGUCCUAAUGAUUGUUGUUGAACAUUUUCAGCGCUUUCUUUGGAUUCCUCCCUUUUAAAAGUUUGUACCCUGUCUAUAUAGAUUAUGUAUUUGGGCGUGCGAGGCAUGUAAUAUGGCUGUAUAAUACAACCAUGCUGUGCUAUCUCUACUAUCUAAGGGGGUAAUGCAUUACUAUUAUGAUCAGAUUGAGC